CAGGUUGAGAAGAGCCGAAGAGGGCACAUAAGGCUUGAAAUCCAAAAGAGCAUAGGGGACUUGGGUAGUUUUGGCCUUUCGUCCAUUCCAAUUUUCCAAUUCCAUCGCCUCCCCAGUCCCCCCCAAACCCCCAACCCCCAAUCCACACUCACCUGUUCCUUCUCUCGCUGCGUCUCUAUAAUGGCUUCAUCAUCCUCUAUAACGGCGAAACUUCCACAUGUGUACUCUUCGAGGUUUAGGGACGAAUGUUCUCCGAGGACGCGUUUAAGUCUCCUCCUUCCCCUGCCUUCGGCCAUUUGCAGAACCGCGACUAGUUUCGAUGGUAAACAUCAUCCCAUACGUAGUACAAAGAGGUGGCCACAUGAAGGUAGAAAUGUAAGAUCACACUUCUGCAAAAAAAGGAAUAGGAUGUGGAAAGAAUAUUCUUCUGUUCUUGAUGAGCAAGUCGCCAUCGAACCUUUAUCUGAACAGCGUGGAUGCAUUUCUUGUUUUCAAAGUCUCCAUAAGUGUCGAACCAAUAAUAGAAAGUUUUCACCAAGGGUCUUACACGAUGAAUCAGCCUUACCGUUGUUGAAGCAUUCACUUGACAAGAGCUUUGUGAAACCUUCUCAUGUUCCAUUUGCAACCAUAGGUCCUGAUGAACCACAUGUAGCAAGUACAACAUGGUCAGAUGCUGUACUGGAGAAACAAAGUCAGAAUUUCUUGGACCCUGAAAUAGAAAAAGCAGAGUUGGAAGGUUUUUUAAGUUCUGAUUUGCCAAGUCACCCAAAAUUGUACCGAGGACAACUAAAGAAUGGACUGCGGUAUCUUAUUCUGCCAAAUAAAGUUCCAGCAAACAGGUUUGAGGCCCACAUAGAAGUUCACGUGGGUUCUAUUGAUGAGGAAGACGAUGAGCAAGGAAUUGCACACAUGAUUGAACAUGUUGCAUUUCUUGGUAGUAAGAAGCGUGAAAAACUUCUUGGAACUGGAGCACGCUCUAAUGCUUAUACAGAUUUCCAUCAUACUGUGUUUCACAUCCAUUCUCCCACUACUACGAAGGACUCUGAUGCGGAUCUACUUCCAUUAGUACUGGAUGCCUUGAACGAGAUAGCAUUUCACCCCAAAUUCCUUGCUUCUCGGGUUGAGAAAGAGAGACGAGCAAUCCUAUCAGAGCUGCAGAUGAUGAAUACAAUAGAGUACCGUGUUGAUUGUCAGUUGCUACAACAUUUGCACUCAGAAAACAAGCUAAGCAAAAGAUUUCCGAUUGGGUUAGAAGAUCAGAUUAAGAAGUGGGAUUCAGAUAAAAUUAGGAAAUUUCAUGAGCGUUGGUACUACCCGGAAAAUGCCACUUUAUACAUAGUUGGGGACAUCAAUGACAUUCCCAAGACAGUGAAUCAAAUCGAAGCUGUGUUUGGACAUACAGGUGUUGAAAAUGUGACACUUCCAGCACCUAGCCCUAAUACAUUUGGUGUGAUGGCAAGUUUCCUAGUUCCAAAGCUUCCCAUUGGGCUGGCUGGAAGUUUGUCUAAUGAAAAGUCUUCUCUGUCUAUGGAUCAAAUGAAAACUAUUAAAAAGCAACGGCAUGCAAUUCGUCCAUCUGUAAAGCAUAAGUGGUCUAUACCAGGAAGUGGUGAGGAUGCUAAGCCCCCACAGAUUUUUCAGCACGAGUUGCUUCAAAAUUUCUCUAUCAAUUUGUUCUGCAAGAUUCCUGUAAACAAGGUCCAAACGUAUGGUGACUUGCGGAAUGUUCUUAUGAAGCGGAUAUUCCUCUCUGCUUUGCAUUUUCGGAUCAACACAAGAUACAAGAGCUCAAAUCCUCCUUUCACAUCAGUUGAAUUGGAUCACAGUGAUUCUGGAAGAGAAGGGUGCACAGUCACUACUCUGACAGUAACUGCAGAACCCAGGAAUUGGCAGAGUGCAAUUAAAGUUGCUGUCCAGGAGGUUCGAAGGCUUAAAGAGUUUGGAGUCACAAAAGGUGAAUUAGCCCGCUACAUGGAUGCCCUGUUAAAAGAUAGUGAACAGUUAGCUGCAAUGAUAGAUAAUGUCCCAUCUGUGGAUAAUUUGGAUUUCAUCAUGGAGAGUGAGGCACUAGGCCAUACGGUUAUGGACCAAAGACAGGGACAUGGAAGUUUGGUUGCUGUCACUGAAACAGUUACACUUGAAGAAGUAAAUUCUACUGGUGCAAAGGUGCUAGAAUUCAUAUCUAACUUUGGAAAACCUAAUGCACCCCCUCCAGCAGCAAUCGUUGCAUGUAUUCCUAAAAACGUGCAUGUUGAUGAAAUCGGUGAAACUGAGUUUAGAAUUUCUCCAUGUGAAAUUACAGCUGCUAUACAAGCAGGUUUGAAGGAGCCUAUAGAUGCUGAACCAGAGCUAGAGGUUCCAAAAGAAUUAAUAUCGUCAUCGCAGCUACAGCAAUUAAGGCUGCAACAGAGACCAUCCUUUAUUCCUUUAACUCAAGAAGGAAAUAUCCUGUUAGUGCAUGACAAUGAAACAGGCAUCACACAACGUCGCCUUUCAAAUGGGAUACCUGUAAACUACAAGAUUACAAAGAUUGAAGCAAGCAGUGGGGUCUACUUGGGAAACAUGGACAAAAGGGGAUCUUGUCUUGGUGCUUUGCAUCGAGCGAGGGGGACAUCAGAGCUGAAGAAAAGGAAUUCCUCAGAGCUGCAGAGGUGCUUUCCAAAGGCACCUUUCCCAGGUCAACUGAAGGGGAAGCAGAGCGAGAGCGACGCAUCAGGUUCUCGUAGGCGAGAGGAGUCUCGUUCGACUGCAACGAGGAGACAGGGUUCAGGGGAUUUGGCAGAUCUUCUGUGUCAGAUGACAGAAGCGCAAAUCGGUUUUGCCCAGAAGCCAAAACAGAAGCUUGGCUUUGAUCAUCGGUCCGUCGAGAAGGAGACAUGGAUUCCGGCAUUUCCUUCUGCCGCUGCGUUUUCUGGCGAUGCCUGGUCUUUAUAA